AUGGCUGGGAAUUCCCCAUGUGCUUCAUGCAAGCUUCUGAGACGCCGCUGUGCUAAAGAUUGCAUCUUUGCUCCUUAUUUCCCUUCUGAUGAUCCUCAGAAGUUCGCCUUAGUUCACAAGGUUUUUGGUGCAAGCAACGUUAGUAAAAUGUUACAGGAACUUGCGGUUCAUCAAAGAGCAGAUGCAGUUAGCAGUUUAGUGUAUGAAGCACAUGCAAGAGUUCGAGAUCCAGUGUAUGGUUGUGUUGGAGCCAUAUCUUAUUUGCAAAACCAAGUCUCUGAGCUUCAAAUGCAGCUUGCAGUGGCACAAGCAGAGAUACUCUGCAUCCAGAUGCAACAUGAACCAAUGAUGCCUAAUCCAGAAAUUGAAGAAGACCCAAAUCACAAAUCUUACCUUCUCCAAAAUGACAUCCCUCAAUACCUCAACCAUGCCUCAUCUAACAAUGUAAUUUAUGAUUCUCUCUCAAGAGAGACCAUAUUUGGACAUGACAUAGUUUCUUGA